CUCAGUGACCAUUUCGACAGGGAUUUCAUAAUCCAAUUGGAGAGCCCAACCUCUUGUCUAUAUAUAUGAGAUCUCCUCCCUUGGGCUGCAUUGGGAGAGCAUCUGCAGAGCUCAGCACUAACAGACUCCAGCAGACCCACAACCCACGUCCACCAUGAAGACAGCAGCUGUCGUUGUGUUCCUCGCUCUGGGGCUCUUCUUCAGCUUUCAGGAUGCUACUGGUCAGGAUGGUAAGUCACAGGGUUUCUGCAGUGAGUACAAGAAGCCACCCUCUGUCUGCACCAAGGACUUACACCCGAUCUGUGGCACUGAUAACAAAACAUACAGCAACAAAUGCUUCUUUUGCAAAGCAGUCUGGGAAAACCUUGGAAGUCUUUGCUUUAAGCAAGAAGGAGAAUGCUGAAUCCUCGAUGGUGCUGAGGGCUGACGUGGAGCGGGACCCUUUCUGCUUUUAGUUUCCGCCAGCAGAUCCCCACAUGGAGCC